GGCAGAAGUUGAAAGACUUUAAAAUAACUUAUAGAAUACUACAUUACGUAAGUGUAAUCGUUAACGAUCGAUAACGAUUUCGUUGAACGAAAAUUAAUUUAUAUCGAACGAAAGUGAUUAAUAGUUUCAUUGAAAUAUCAUGGAAACACCGAUAGUUCGUGCACGAGUUGUAAAGGUGCUCGGCAGAACGGGCUCUCAAGGUCAAUGUACCCAAGUCAAAGUGGAAUUUUUAAACGAACAGAACAGACAAAUCAUCCGAAAUGUUAAAGGACCCGUUCGUGAAGGAGAUAUUUUAACGCUUUUGGAAUCUGAACGAGAAGCACGACGAUUGCGUUAAUUUUCUCUGCAAAUUUCUGCCAUUGUGAAUAUUAUAAAUUUUUCACGUACGCACGAAGCUGCUGCAAAUUUCGUUGCAACGACAUUCAUUUUUUUUAAUUAACAAAUUUUAUAUCAUAUAUUACAACGAAGAAAAAUUCAUUAACGAUGACUUG